AUGGUCAAGUCCAUUCCAAACUUAAAGAUUAAUGGAGAAGGAAAGUUAGAUCUAAGUCAAGAUGAGAAAAAGGAAAUCCGGAAAUUUAGCUGCAGGUACUUUGGAGAUUUUUUACCUCGAGAAACCCCUUCAACUUUUGAAGAAGAUGUCCGUCUCUACAAAGAGAUGCCAAAUGUCAUUGGGCAAAAGGGAGAAAAUGCUGUCCCAGUUAUUGCACAUUUAUACCCACUUGCCAAACUAGACAGUAAGGCUCGUAAACUAGUCAGAGAUCAUUGUUGUUCUUGUCUCACGGAAACAGAAAAUUAUUUGGAGGAUCUGUAUAAACUGGAUGUGAAAUGCAAUGACCUCCUCAGAUCACAAGCAGUUAAUCAUUUUCGUGGAACUGAAGCAGAAAUUCAGAAAUUUAAAUCUUUAUUAGCUACUCACAAAUUUACAUUUCAGAGAAAGUUGGCACAAAUUCUUCCAAACAUCAGAGGUGGAAAUAAAGAGGAGAGUGAAUUACCAAUGAUCUUGAAAGAAAAUUAUUUUUCUCCAUUUCGGACUGAAGUCCUCAACAGCUGGGUGGAAACAAAAGAAAGCCAAGUAGAAAUUAUUUUGCAAUAUACAUCCUACCUUCCUCAGAUUAAGCUUGCUUCAAAGACAGAGUUAAAGUCCAUGAUUAUGAACCCCAGUCAUUCACAAGUUCUAUGUUUUACAAUUUUGAUCCCUAAAUCUGAUUCACUUUUGAUAAACAUGUCAAAAUACUUCAAAGAAGAGGACCAUACCAGUGAUUUGGACUUCACAGAUGAAAAUUCUAAAUUCCCACUUAAGAUGACAGAAAAUGAAAGUUCAAUGAUGGAAAAAGCGAGAAAUUUCAGAAAUUUCUUUGAUAACAAUAAAGAGAACAAUGACUUUUGUUUCUUUGUUGCAGAGGACGUUUCUGAUUCAAAUGAAUUACAGGCAAAGAUAAGGUACUAUAAUAAUGGUGAACUCCUUAAUGGAGACUUUGCAAUACCUUCAGCCCCAAGAAAAAUAUGUGUUGACAAUAGUGAAAUUACUCAUGAGAGCAUUUUGGUUCAGUGGGAAAAACCCCUUCAUGGUGCAUCAAACAUCGACCAGUACAAGAUUGUCUGUGAAGACACUACUGGAAAUAAGCCACCUAUUAUUCAGCAUGCAGAUUCUAAUGUUACAAGUCAUUGCAUUCGGGGUCUCAUUCCUGUUAGCAUUCAAAGUGUUGCCAACUUGGAGUUAGUGUUAAGGGCCAAAUAA